AUGUCUCAAGCCUCUUUGCACUGGUUGACCCAAUUAGACACCACCGAAACCCCCGACCACGUGUUGCGUCGUUCUUCCAUCAUCGGUACCAUUGGUCCUAAGACCAACAAUGCUGAGGUGAUGGUCAAGUUGAGAAAGGCCGGUUUGAACAUUGUUCGUAUGAACUUCUCUCACGGCUCUUACGAGUACCACCAGUCGGUCAUUGACAACGCCAAGAAGUCCGAGGAGUUGUACAAGGGCCGUCCUUUGGCUAUUGCCUUGGACACCAAGGGUCCAGAAAUCAGAACUGGUACCACCAUUGACGACUUGGAAUACCCAAUUGCUCCAAACCACGAGAUGAUCAUCACCACUGAUGAGGAGUACGCCAAGAAGUGUGACGACAAAGUCAUGUUCGUGGACUACCCAAACAUUACCAAGGUGAUCAGCAACGGUAAGAUCAUCUACGUCGAUGACGGUGUGUUGUCCUUCGAGGUCCAGGAGGUUGUUGACCAGAAGACCUUGAGGGUCAAGUCCGUCAACGCCGGUAAGAUCUGCUCGCACAAGGGUGUUAACUUGCCAGGUACUGAUGUUGACUUGCCAGCUUUGUCCGAGAAGGACAAGGCCGACAUCAAGUUUGGUGUCAAGAACGGUGUGCACAUGAUCUUUGCUUCUUUCAUUAGAACUGGUGACGAUAUCAAGGAAAUCAGAAAGGUUUUGGGUGAGGAAGGUAAGGAUAUCCAGAUCAUCGCCAAGAUCGAGAACCAGCAGGGUGUCAACAACUUCGACGACAUUUUGCGUGAGACCGACGGUGUCAUGGUUGCCAGAGGUGACUUGGGUAUCGAGAUCCCAGCCCCACAGGUGUUUGUUGUGCAGAAGCAGUUGAUCGCCAAGUGUAACUUGGCUGCUAAGCCUGUCAUCUGUGCUACCCAGAUGUUGGAGUCCAUGACUUACAACCCAAGACCAACCAGAGCUGAGGUUUCUGAUGUUGGUAACGCCAUCUUGGACGGUGCUGACUGUGUCAUGUUGUCCGGUGAGACUGCCAAGGGUAACUACCCAUUCGAGGCUGUUUCUAUGAUGCACAACACCGCCAUCAUUGCUGAGAAGGCCAUCUCCUACUUGCCAUUGUUCAAUGAGCUCAGAUCCUUGGCCAUUAAGCCAACUCUCACCACUGAGACCUGUGCCAUCGCUGCUGUCUCUGCUGCCUACGAGCAGGACGCCAAGGCUAUUGUCGUUCUUUCCACCAGUGGUAAGACCGGUAGAUUGGUUUCCAAGUACAAGCCUAAGGUGCCAAUCAUGAUGGUCACCAGAAACGGCAGAGCCGCUAGAUACUCUCACUUGUACAGAGGUGUCUACCCAUUCAUCUACGAGAAGGAGAAGGUUGAGAACUGGCAAGAGGAUGUCGAGAACAGAUUGAGAUGGGCCGUUUCUGAGGCCAUUGAGUUGGGUAUCAUCAAGAAGGGCGACUCUAUCGUUACUGUCCAGGGAUGGACCAGAGGUUCUGGCCACUCCAACACUGUCAGAAUUGUCCAGGCUUAG